CGAACAGCACCGCACCGUACGCACGGAAUCGCCGACGCGUCCUAUGGCCAGCCACGGCGACCUCUCCCCGCCGGCCGACGGAGGCUCCCAGGAGCUGAUUCCAGUCAUUUACCAGUCGCCAUACAGCAUGACACCGCAGGGUCCUCCAUGUUCAUGGCUUUUUUACUACAGGCCAGUUCCUCUCGGAGGUUUUCGGAGGCCCGUGUACGAAGAUGGGACGACAAGGGUGCUAUGCUUGAGCCAAAUGUUUUCCCCAGACCAGCUAGAAGACGACGAGUACUACCGAAAGCUUUGCCGGAGGAUGACGGCAGAUAGGGAUGGCACCCGCAGGGGUAAAUGGAUACCCGCGGGUAAAAAUACCCAUGUUUGA